AUGUGUCUUUUGUUUGCAGCGCCGGUAUGCCAUUUUCCCAGCAAAUUAACCGGACUUUGGUUCCAGAAAGGCUGGCAGUCUGCCAUUCGGAUUGAAGGAAGCACAUUCUCCAUAAAAGGGACUUGCGUAGAUUCCAGUCAAAAUAUGUUUCUCAUAGAAGACAAUAAAGAAAAAUGCUUUCGCUGCAUCAUAAUUCACUAUAAACAUGCAAAUGUUCUUCAAUAUCGAGAAACUUUCUGUGAUGAACAUCGCACCUUAGAGGACGCAUGCGGGAGUCUAGCUGUCGACUACCAUUUACAUACAAUGUUUAAAGUGGAUUCGACUCCCGUGGCUUGCCCUUUCAAAGGCCCCUUCACCUUCAACUAUAGCCGUGGUCAAGGGGAAUGCCGCCACCCGCCAUCCACAAUCGACACCUGCACAGACGAUUCGCAACUACUCUUCAGAUUUCAAGCUUGCGCUGACGUGAUUGGAACAGAGAGCAGUGAAGAAGAAUUAACAUGCUUGGCUACAUGGAAGGAUGGUUCCGCUCAUUACUUAGUGGGCAAAAUGAAACCAAGAAAAAGCUACUCUGUACCGCAUGGAGAUGAAAAUUACUACAGAUGUUUCGUGUAUGAGAAAGAUAAAGAUAGCUUUGAUCUUUCUCAGUCUGCUGAUCCCACUUGUGAUGGCCUAGUGUCUCCGAGAGACGGAUCAAGAAUAAUGAAAUUAACAAAAACAAAACAUCCGACUUCUGGAUGUCAGUUCCCUUCGUGGGUAACAUCGACUCGUCAUUGGCACACUUUAGACGGCCGUAUGACGUACACUUUCAGUCAUCACAAUACUAGCUAUAGGAUUGUUCACGCGCAUUCCGACCAUCCAGAAACUAAAGUGACUUGCACAGAUGAAGUUUCAUCAACUCCAAACUCAACGACAGUCGUUGCGUAUAGUAGGCAAGGAUGCUCAAAUGGUUUCGUGUGCUUGACGUUUCAUCAAAGAGAAAAACACAUUAUUGAAAUACAGACAGGAGAAUUUGCCAGAAGACCACAUGAUGCUUGUUCGUCUCCGAGGUAUGACUCAGGUGGAAUGGAUUAUAUAACAUUAGUUGCAUCUUCAGCUUCUGUGAUAGCUUUAUGCCCUCAGCUAGUAGAAACUGAUGGUCUAAGAAUAGCUGCUAGCAGAAACCAUAUUCGAUCCGAACAGUGUCAGGAUUCAGCGGUGAAAGUCGUUGGUUGCCGAAGUCACAAAACUCUGGAGUUCCUUUCGACAUGCGAGACAGCGAGAGAGCACAUGACUUUUCAGUGUCAAGGAAUGUGGGAAGAAAAUGGCCGGAACUACCUCAUAGCAGGUCUAAAGGGUUCAACGGCCCGUUAUUGUUUCGUAUAUUUUUCAAAUCCAAAAAUGACUCAGUUUUCUGGCCUUCCCGACACUUGCAGAAGAUCUAUUGUUCCCGGUGUAACGGGGAAUCUCACAUUCAACAUAACAUCUGCAGGUGAAUGUGACAACUUGCUGAACAGUUCGCCGAGGCUAAAAUACUCUUUGGAUCUGCUACUGACUGCAGCUGUUCUUUCCUUCAGCAUCCUAUUUGUCCGGUGACCGGCAUCAAGCCUGUCCUGGUCAUGUGACAUCACGUCGUCCAAUCAGCGCAUCAGAAUUGCCCUAGUAUGGGAGUUUAGAGGGUGGGGCAGAAUCGGGGAGUUCAGUGCCUCAUGUAAAGGGUCAAUAUGUAGACUCUGGUGUGUACGCUCCCCUAAAUGGACUAUCUAUGUGGCCAUGGAUUUCAGCAAUUAAAACUGCAUGAACACGAAGCACCACCACACGGGCUACGUACUGCAUUCACGAUUUAUAUAGGCCUCUGGGAAGCACUCUGGAAAAACGGACUACAUCCAACUAUUGGUGAACUUCAAUGAAGUUAAAUGUUCCAUCGGUCGAUGCUAU